AUAGAAAGCUACAAUUCCAGAAAGUCAGCAGCAGGGAGAAUCCUAGGGAAUUGCAGAGAAAGUUAUCAAACGCACCCUAAACCUGCAAUCCCUUCCCAGAUCCCCAUGGGAGAAGAUAGCCAUGCUCAGACAGUGCGCGAGCGCAAGCGCAAGAAACUCAAGGUAGAACUCGACGUUGCAGAGGCUUUGGAUUCUUACAUCGCGCCCUGUGUGGGGUACUUUCCCUCUGGUUUUGAUCCUUUAAGGCACAACAAAAAUGACGGCGAGCUGAAAAUUAAGGCAUAUCGGGCCGUACCCAAUUACAAGUCCUGGUGCAUGCAAGUUGUUGUGAGCCCCGAAGGCUCCAAUGUGGACUUUGUCGGCACGAAUUACACAGGUGAAGCAGCUGUUUCCCAAUCCUGCAGCUAUGCCUUAGGUGUUCUUGACAAAGAGAAACAAAUCCUAACUGUUGUUCCCAUUGCUGGAGACAAGGUUUUUAGAAUGGAACCAAGAGUUAGAGGGCUACAAUAUGAAGAUGCAGUAUAUGAAGAGCCAAAGGAAGUGGAGAACACCCCGCAAAUUAAGAGGUCGGACAAGAUCCGGAAUCUGACCCUAAACUUUGGAACACGACAGGCUAAACACUCUUCUAUGAAGAGAGCUGCUGCUUUCAUGAAAGAAGAAGACCUUGGAACUCAAGAAGGGUUAGAGGCAUAUGUGAGUGAAGUCGGUAAGAGUACAAGUGUCAUGACUAAAACUGAGGCCCUUUAUCAAGCCACAAAGCAAGUUGUUCGUAAUAUCCCACCUUAUGACACUGAAGCUACAACACCCGAUAAGGCUUAUCUAUUGGAUAAGAUUAUUUCCCCAAAUGAGUGGGCUGAACUCUCCGAUGUAAUGGAGCUCGUGGAGGUUGGAAGUUGUGGUGCUUCAGCUUUAAAGUUUAAGAUGCAAAAUGAUUAUUAUCCGUGCUUCGUCCGCAACCGUGUAGGGAACAUUAAGAAGGUUCAUGAUAUAGAGGAAAAGAAGAAACUUGCUUGCAUAUUCUCAUACAUUACCCACCUUCUAGAGUUCCUUGCCCUGCAAACUGAAAAUGAAUUGUUAAGGUGCCUUUUGAAGGCCCAAAGCCAGGCAAUUUAUGAUCUGGGAGAAGAGGGCAAGAAAAUUUUUGGGGCGGGUUUCAGGAUUCCUGGCAUAGUUCUAGUGAAUUUCUUGAAUACUUUCUUUGCUGAUCGGAAGGAAAAGUUCACUAAAGAGAAAAAUGAUAUGGUUAUCAGUUACAUUUUGGUGCUUACGCUUUUUGCGGAUGGGUUUACAACUGAUCCAUCUGACAUUUGCAAGGACUUGAAGAUGAAAUUGCCUACCCUGAGAAAGAGUUAUUUAGAGUUGGGGUGCAAACUUUCCACUGCAAAGACGGGAUCGAUUGUAACACUACCUGCUCCUCUAAAGUUUCCAACAUUGACGACGCCUUACAGGAGGAGGAAGUAGAUGCCCUCUUGUUACAAGUACUGGUUUCUGGAAUCCUUUGUCAUGAGUUUUUGGUUCUGAGGUUUGUGUAGUAUUUUUUUUUGUUGGGGGCGGGAGAGAGAUUUCUAUUGUAUUGUAUUGUUUAAUCUUGCUUGAAACUCGUUUGAAUGUCCAGGAGAAACACUAUGUAUUACUGCAGUAUUCUCAUCGCUUUAGGCCAAACCUCUGUGAAACUCUCGAGGAUUCAAUGAUCUGCUUUGGAGCAGGGAUUAUCAGCAGGGUUUUAUAUGCGAGUCCAGUGCUUGCUGCUCAUUUUUGAA